GACGCUUCGCCAUUUUAAAAUACAAAACAGCAGACGCUUCGCCGGAAAAGUCAACAUUAAGAUCAAAUUCCAACAGGACACUUAUUUGCACCUCGUCUGAUUCGUCACAGCCGUCGCCAUGCAGCGCCACAAGGAACUGUACAAGGAGCAAUCUCUGGUGCUGAGCCCCCGCAAUCACUGCCAGCAGAACAGGGAUCGAUUGCAGGCGGCGCGCGCCAAAAAACGGGAGGAUUGCUUCCACCAAAACCGCAUUAUUAGUUUAAGUCCCACGCCCAUGAAGGUGAAGCCACCAGCGGCUGCCCAAGAAGCUCUACCCCAGGAGAACGUGGUACCCAAUCAGCAGAGUGAGGAGCAGCUGAAUCAGGUCAAGAAGCGCGAGGAGCAGCCAAAAGCCACUCGGCAGGAUCUCUUCCUAAAACGCUACAUGGAGUGGAAAGCCGCCAGGAACUUGCAGCACAAACAGCAGGAGCAGUCGCGUCGGGGACCAGCCAUCAAUGCAACGAUCGUAAAUCAAUCAAAGGCCUUUCCCGAAUCCCAAACAUUUCGGGCUCCCGAAAACCUCGGUUCUACUAAACAGAAGGAAGAUGCUCCCGUGUUUAAGCCGCUCAAACGUAACUCGCUCUAUGUGCUUGCCAAUACGAUUGGCAAGGGCAAAGAUAAAGUAUCCAAUACAUCGAUGGCAGCUCCCCGAGUGAAAAAGCCAGCAACUGCAAAUAAUUUUUCGGCGAAGUCGGCACCUUCUUUAGGCAAACCAGCGGCAGAAGAUAACCCAUCAUCGAAAACAGCGCCUGCAGUCCGUCCUGUAGCAUUGGCCAAGCAAAAAGCAGCUACUCCUUUAACGAAACCAGUGCCGGCAGUUCAACAGACCACCAAUCCAGUGGCGUUGGCCAGGAAAAACGCAGCAUUGCGAGCCCAUUCCACUACGACUGGCAUAACCAGGACACAAGCUACCACACUUAGGCCCAGACUUAAUACUGCUCCUGGAAAUGAGGCCAAAAAGCCAACCACCCUACCCAAGUCCACGCCAGCGUCGGUUAAUAAUGUGAAAACAGCUCCCGUGCGUCAACAGCCAACAGGAAGCAGUUUGAAGCCCAAGAUGCCUCCGCCCAGAGCAGCAAGACUUCCCAAUGUGAUGUCACAGCCAUUCGAGAAGCCUUCGGUACCCAGAGUACCAAUCGCAUCCCGAGCCAACAUAGCGAAACCAAUUCGUGGCGGAGGUGGAGCUGCGGGAAAAUUCAAAGACUCUGCUGCAACGACCAGCAGAGCUGCCAGUCAUUCCAUGCGGAUGAAGCCCACUAAGACAAAGGGUCAGUAUACAAAGCUUCAGGAGAACGCGCGAAAGCGUCCGCUGCUUAAAGCCGAGUUACUGGAGGCAGCUACCUUGGAGUUACCACCUCUCACGCCGCUUGACGAUACCCACAAUCCCUUCCACGACCAGGCCACGUCGACGCAGUACAAGUCUAACAACUGCAGCGGCAGUCUUCAGGAGGCUUUUGGGGACAGCAUAUUGAGUCCAGUGGCCUCGUGCGAGAAAAAGAGCGACAGUACAGCCAAAAGGCAACUGCUGCCGGCAAGCAAAGCUGAGAUUUCAGUUCCAGUAGCGAAGAAAAAAUUCGACUUUACGCGUUACUCUGUUGCUAAUUCGCCGGCGGAGGACUCGCUGAUCUUGGAUCCACAACAGUCAACGAUUAAAGAAAACAAUGGAGAUGCUACUCUGGUGCCCGAAGGGGAAAAAACACCGCCCCGCCGUGAAUCCAACGGAAUGCCCAAUUAUCUCAGUCCAUUUGUAAGCGUCUCACGUGGGAAGGUUAACUCGCGUUGCGAAAAGGAGAAGCGAAAUAGCUUUUACCUGCCUGAUGAGGAGCAACCUUUGGAAGUUCGUCGUGCCGUCGAAUCCGUUCUGUAUUUCCGACUGCAGCUAAGCAAUGAGAUCACGCGGCUUCAAGCUCUAUGCAGCGAGUGGGAAGCGUAUAGCAAAGAGAACGAGACGCGACUACAGGAAACGGGUGGUAUUGACAUGAUCAAUGUAACCAUCGGACAGACGCGUCUGCUAACCACAAAGAAGAUGAUGCAGUUUAGCGGUCUUAUCGAUCGCUGUGAGGCGGGAGCCACCGGAAAGAACAACCGGACGAACGAUGGCAGCGAGGACACGAAGCCAGUGCAAGCUGAGGAUCUCGAGGGCUGGUGGGACAUGCUGCGCCUGCAGAGCGAGAACGUGGACAAGCGAUUUGAGAACCUGAAGCGUUGGCGGGCCAACGACUGGCUCGAUCCGGAUGCAGCGGCCGAAGAAGUCAAGCAGCCGAAACCAAAACCAAAACCGAAAGUAAUUCGCAACAAGAUUAAGUCGAAGGCCAAGCCCAGCAGCAAUCUUCAGCAGUUCCUACGGAAAGCUCAUGCAAACAUGAAGAAGACCAAGGAUGAGCCGGCGAUAGAAGAUGGUGUGCCAUCCACAUCCUCACGGCUCAGUUCUCCACGGGUGAUCGUGGUGCGGAACCGCAGGUCCUUUUCGCCUGCCCGAACCGUUCUUCGCAUGUCGACGGGAGAGGGACGUCAAUCCAUUGCACCCAAUGCUCUGCUAAAAUCAGCUAUUCUGGCUGCUGCAGAACAGAAUGCCGCCAAGACGCCGCCGCCUAAGCCGCGCACCUCCAUUCUGAAAACUCCUGGCACUGUUAAACGCCAAAACCGAGGAGUCCUGUUCAGCGCAAAGAAAAGCGUUCGCCGCUUCCAGUUCACUUACGAAGAGGGCAACAUCAGCACCGAAGAGAAUGUGGGCACCGAUAAGCUGGAGGACUGCGAGGAGGAUAUGUCACUGGAGGCUUCCUCAGAACGUCGAUCCUUGGAAAAGAACGCCGAAACCGUUCAUGAAAGCGGACAGACGCCCCGGAACUACAUACUUCGCAAUCGUCGUGUUACUCUACGACCUUCCUCGGAGUUUAUGUAGUGUAAUUCAUUGCUAUAGAGUUGUUUAUGUGUUUAUUUUAUAGUUUAAUGUUCUUUUACGGAACGUCCAUUUAGUGUUAAUUGUUUAAGAUGUUUAAUACACAUUUGGCGUUUUUAAUGUUUGGCGUUUGUUUUGUGAAAAUUGAACCAUAUCGUAAUUUUUAUAUAUUAUCUUAACUAAUUUGAUAUGUUAUAGUAAACGCAGGAAUAAAUAAAUCACGAAAUAAUUUAAA